CUGAAGGUGUGUGUGUGACAGCGGCUGUGCUGCUGCAUGCGUGUCACAGCAGAAGCGCUGCAUGCGCGUCACAGCAGAAGCGCUGCUCCGCGGCGCGCCUCACCAGGUGCGCUCUCCAGCAGUGUGCAGGACGGAGCUGAGAGCAGCAGAGACAGAGACGAUCACUAAAACCACGAAAGCACUUCACAAACGCAUGGGAAAAAGGACUCAAACCAAACGGACUACCGGUUUUUCACCUUCCAAGAUUCCAGUUAAUAAACUGAAAUACGAGUGAAAUCCUGAGCCUCAUCGAGUCCUUCCUUUUCAAGUGUGGGAAGCCAUGUCGUUAUAAAUACACCUGACAGUGAAAAACCGUCUGUGACCAGCAAAAGACUCCACUUGCGGCCACCACCGAGAGGGAGGACACUCCACCUGGGGCCUGGAGGACAAAGACUGCUGUCUGUCAGCCAAAGAGAGCAAGAUGGCUGAUCCAAAGCCAACAGAUGAACUGAAAGUGGAGAGGACCACAGCUAAGAGACAGUUCUCCCGCCUUGCCAACAACAUUACGAGAACCUACAUAGAGAUGUCUAAGGAGGAGUUACAGGAGAACUUCAAGAAGCUGAUGCUAGAGAGCUCUCGUGUCUUCGAGGCAAACGAAGAAGUGGAAGCCGCUUACAUGGCAGACGCUGAGGAGCUGAGCGACCCCCAGAAAGCCGACAUAGCAAAGACGGAGAAAGAAUGUGAGCAGAAGACGAAAGAAGUCAAACUCCUAAUCCGAGAGACGCUCUGGACCACAUAUGGAGAAAAGGAACUUUCCCUGGCUCUACAAGUUGCAGAGGCCGAAUUCAGGAACGUCUCCUUCCAGCCAGACACAACUCUGGAGGCUUGUGAGUUCAUGCUGACCCACCUACAGAAGUUGGUGGACAAGGCAAAGGAAGCGCACCAGAACUGGAACCACUGGGCUCCGCUUGCCGAGAAAAAGGACUUUGAUUACCGUUUAAGAGAGCUCGAGGUGGUCCUUCCCAAGCUGGUGUCACAGAAGGCCCCCCUCAUCCAAGCAGCAAGUAUAAAGAAAGACGCUGGACCCCAGCCCAUCUCAGCCCGCAGCUCAGCUCCAGUGGCAGCGAUAAAGCUAAAGGCCACAGCCUUACCAAAGUUUGCCGGCAACCAGCGAAACUACUACAGAUGGAGGAAGGAAUGGGAGGCUCUGCAGAAGCAAGGUGAACCAACCGGAUCUUCAGAGGUUAAGAAAUUCCAACUACUGGAUAGCCUUGAUGAAAAGGUGGCCAGGGAACUACGUCUGUCAACGUACAGCUCAGCAGAUGAGAUCUUCAGAGUCCUGGAAAACCGGUUUGGGAACCAAGCCAGCAUUGCUCUUGAGAUCAUAGAAGAGCUACAAGCAAGACCAUCAGCCAGGAGCGGCCAUCCAAGGAAAAUCGUAGAGCUCAUCCAAACUGUGGAAAAGGCCCUUUAUGAUCUAAACGAACUGGAUAAUGCAGACGCCUUAAAGAACCCACUGGUGAUUAGAUCCAUCGAGAGCAAACUCCCAGAAACUCUGAAGAAAGACUGGCUCACCUAUGCUGCUGACAGAGGAAACACUGUUAACCCCCAGAACCGCUUCGACAAGCUCAUCACAUUCCUAAAGUCCCAAGAAUCUAUAUAUGAGCAACUAGGUCAACUGAGCAACGUCUUUGAACCCGCCGAGGAGCAGACUAAGCUCAUCAAGUAUGCCAGAACAAAGUCAGCCAAGUCCAGCAGUAAAACAGCAGGCUGCAUCAUUUGUGGUGACCCAAAGCACAGAAGAAGACUCUAUUUCUGCAGAAGGUUUAGGAUCAACCUAAAGCCAUCGGAGAAGAGGGAUGCAGCACAACAGCUCGGUGCCUGCAAGAGAUGUCUCGAGGUCCACAGCAGCGACCCCUGCAGAAACACCACGUAUCUGUGCGGGAACCCAGAGUGCAAAGACCAACACCAUUACCUUCUCUGUCCAGUUGCCAGACCCCAGUCCCAAAGAACACCUAAAUCCAGUCCAAAGAAGAGGAAAAUGCGCCUUGGUCAGGACUUACUGAGAGAUGAAGUAAGAAGACAAACCCCAGAUCCAUUCACCAGAAGAGAACUGUUGAGCCAAGUCUCUGGUCUCUAUGAUCCACUCGGCCUCGUGGCUCCUGCAAAGCAGAAGGGAGCCAUCCUCAUCCGAAGAGCUUUUCAAGAAGCAAAAGUCAUGUACUGCAUAGAAGACACCUGGGAUGCCGCCUUGUCCAAAGGACUCAGAGAAGAUGCCAUAAAGCUCCUAGAAGACUAUGCAGAGCUGAGCCAACUCAGAUUCACCAGACCCCUGACACCACCAAAUCCACGUGCAAAACCAAGUGGCAUCACCUUCUCUGAUGGCAGUGAGCACGCAUAUGGCGCUGUGCUGUACCUACGCUGGAGCUGCAGCCAUGGUGUUGUUGUGAGGCUAGUUGAAUCUAAGGCCAAGCUGACCCCUCUCGACCACAAGGGUGACCCUGUGAAGGCGGAGAUGUGUGGAGCAGUCUUUGCCGCCCGGUUGAAGGACUACUUCCAGAGACACUGCCGAAUCGAUGUUGAGAAGUGGUACCAUCUCGUCGACAGUCAGACCGUCCUAGGCGCAAUCCAGCGGGAGAGUUAUGGUUACCAGACCUUCUUUGCCAACCGAGUCGGCGAGAUCCAAAGCAGCACAAAUGUCCAAGACUGGUCCAAAGUUCCUUCGACUUCCUGA